UGAUCAUUGGUCGAUGAUAUUCCCCUAAGACGAAGAAAUAGUCCUCUUUCUCGUGAAUCGCACGUGAGAGUCUCGAAAACGUAAUGUUACAUUUUUUCUUUUGAUGGACGACACCGGGGGACAAAGAAAUACUAUUUUCACUCAAGUGACUUUCAUUUGAUCUAGAAACGUGUUAUUUCCAAUUCUCCCCAGAAUCAGGUACGCCAUUAAUUUUGCAUUGUUUACUUGAUUUUUCGUAAUUUUGCCGUCGAAGGCUCAAUUCCUUUACAAAAUGGCGCCUCGCUGAGCCAGUGGAUAUUUAUUAUCAUUUCCCAUGACGAUUUAUUGUUAUUAGUAUUAUUUUAAUUUCCUUUGAUCCAAGAGGUAAAACUUGUACAUGUUGCUGAAGAGCAUGUUGUCAGUUAUGAACACAGAGGUAGUGUAGAACUGGGAAUGAACUCAUUUGAUUAAAUUUAAGAUGAAAGAUUUAAGGUUGCAUAGUUUUUAGGCAGAACUGCAAUGUAAUACACUAUACACAUGUUUAAUGUACUGCUUUGAAAAUUUCACCAUUAGUAUUAAAAUUAUUUGAAGAAAUUCUUUCAUUUUCUUCCUUAUGCCUUCAGUCUUGGGAUACCAGUACCUACCACAGGAGUAAAAAUAAGAAUGACUGACUAAAUACAAUGAUGGAAUUUGAAGAACGAAACAAAAAGACAGAGGCAAGUGGAGGCCCUCAUUUGCUUGUUGGUUAUGACAAGCUGUUGUACAUGUCUAGGUUGCGAGGUGUGCCGUUGCGAGGUGUGCCGUUGCAAGGUGUGCCGUUGCAAGGUGUGCCGUUGCAAGGUGUGCCUGGUGAUGAUGAGUAUGGAAGUCAAGACCUUGAUGUCAAAUUUACCAAAUUUACUCAUCUUAAAACUGAACACAUAAAAAGACUGAAGAGAGAGGUCAUUGAAAUAUUAAGUUCAUGUGAGGGAAAGUGCUUGAAGCUUUCUCAGUUUAAAAGCAAGUACAACAGACGGUUUAAGAAAAAAUUCAAUGAAAGUUAUAUGUUGUCAGGUGGAAGACAGGAAUACUGGAAUCUCAUGGCUGAAUUAGAUAUUAUUGAAUUUGACCAAAAUGGUUCAAGACCUCGCAUGAAACUUAAAGAACCACAUACAAGCCAGUUUAUGCUGGAAAUGGGUUUUGAAAAGGUAGAAAAACCCAGUUCAUCAGAGGAAAAAGAUCCUGAGGGUGUCAAGAACAAGAAAGGGCUGAUGUCCCGAAACAUUGGAAUUGAUAUGGAUUCUGGUUAUCUCUCAGAGAAGUUGACAACAUUGAAGAAAGAUAUUGUAAAUUUGCUUAAGUCUUGUGAGGGAAAUUGCUUGUAUCUCUCAGAACUUAGUGAUAAGUAUUGGCAAACAUUUAGAAGAAAAUUCCAUCGUACCUUUAAAGUACUGUUCCAAGGAAAAGGUCUUGCACAAUUUCUAUCAGAAUUAGAUGUGAUCAAAUUAGAACAUACAGGUGAAAAAGGUGUGAAGAAAUUUCUAAUAAAGUUGAAAGAACCACAUGUAAACCUGUCCAUGCAGAGAACAAGUUUGAACACAGCAGAAGAGCUUUAUUCCAGUUCUAAUUUUGGGUAUCAGCUGGAUGAAUUUGAUUCCAAAGUACCAACCGAAUCAAGAAGACCAGCCACUCUAGCAGAUGAUUUGGCAGUUGCUGCUGGCCCAAUUAUUGCCAGAGUACCUGCUGUCCCACUAGCUCCUUCGGAUCAAAAAGUUUUGGAUUCAGGAGUUCAAUUUCCAGCCCCUGCAACUACCUUCCAUGCUUCUCCUCCUUUAGUGUGGUCACCAUCUUUAAUGCAAGAUCCAAGUCAUGCAGCCAAUAUACCUGAAGGUAUGUGAAAGAUAUGGAAUUUAUAUCAUGAGGAAACAGGAAAUAUUUCUUAGAAUUUCUGACUAUAAUGAUUACAAUAGGUAACUAAGGUUUCUGAGAGUAGCUGAAGGUGUGGUCAUUUGGAAAUAAUGAGACAAGUCAGCCACAUUAUAGGUAUUGAAGUAUUACAAGGACAUUCCCUCACUCUGCAUAGCAUCCCCUCACUCUGCAUAGCAUCCCCUCAGCAAAACCUAAAAUCAAAGCAAUUUGCUGACAGUAGUUUCUGAAACAUCAACAUCAGUGCUACACUUCUGUCAAUGAUUUGCUUAACUUUCUAAAUUUUUUGUAUAUUUUCAGUACUAUGAAUCAAAUUUUUUGUAGUACUACUAGCAUGUCAGUGUUGACUAACACAGUGAAAUAUUGCUGGCAAUGUAUUUAUAUGUAUUUAUAUAUAUAUAACACUUCUAGAAUCAAAACAACCACAACAUCUGGAGACCAAGUGACAUACUUUUCAUACAUAACAUGGGUGGUCAUAUUGAGUAGCAAUGUCACCAUUCCUGCUUUUUCAAACUUUUUUGAAUGAACUUGGUUUGCUUGUUGUUUGGAAUAAUGGCUACAAAAUUUGUUGUGGUAAGUGACAAAGAUGUAAAUGGAUUUUCCAAACAACAUGAGAACAGAAACAACAAAAAGAAAUAAUUUCAAAUAAUUUCUUGAAAGUUGCAACAAAACAAGAGAAAUAGAUAGGAAAGGUUUGUGCUAAAACCUUGCUUGUGCUAAACAAGGUUUGAAGUGAAAAGUGGCUGAAAAUGAAUGGUAUCUGAUGAUUCAAGUCAGAGUCAGUAAAUCAAAUUUUUAUCAACUGAUAGGUUGUUAAAACAGUUCACACGUAUUUGGCCAGACUGAUGGUGUUAUACAUGUAUGUUGACCUUUUUUUAUAAUUUGGGUACUGGCAGGGUAUUUUGUUCCUACUCAAACCCAGUACUUGUAUUAAAACUAGAUUAUUCAUCUCUAUCAUGUAUAUAUUUAUUGUCCAGAAAAUAAAAGGAAAAUUACAUGUCAGCCUAAAGAUAUGAAUUUUAUGUUCUUGUGGCUUGAAGAAUAUCUCACGAGUGAGUUAAUCGAAUGAGUGAGAUAUUGCUCUUGGAAUUUGAACAUAAAUCCAUGUCUUAUUGCCACCGUGUAAAAUCCUCAAUUUCUUACGUAGCGGUCAAAAUUACUAUAAUUACUAUUGUUCUUUCCUUUUCAACGUAAAAUUAAUAUCUUCUUGCCACUGUGUAAUACACUUCAUCACAUAAACUGCGGUGUUAUACAGGAAUUUUCGGCUCUGAGAAAAGCCGUAACAACACGUGAAAAAAUAUCGUUUUUUUUUCCACGUGUGUUGAUACAGCCAAUCAGCUGCUGACACGUCACUCGCCUUUGGCGCUACUCGGUCAGAUUGAUGAAUGAACGGCAAAGCCUUCACGAUUCUCAAUACAAGUUGUUUAUCGGAGCUUUCUCGAAUUAUGGCGACUAAACAUUAAAAAAUACGUGUCGCUGACAGACUGUGAGGUUCAAACUUUAUUAGAAGGGGAAGGAAACCAAUAUACUAAAAGAAAAACGGAAAGUUACAUAUUCAGUGGCUUUGGUGUUAGCAUUUCUCUCGGCUGAGAAUGAAAAUCGACAACUGGAAGAUUUGCCACUGGCCGAUUUUGACCGUUUACCUGAAAGACUUCUUGUGUCGGUAAGGACAAAGUCAAUAAAUUAGAAUUUUGUAAAUUGAAAAUUACGACCGUUGUUGUUCUUGUAAUGAGGAUUCAACACAGUUUUCUAUCUUAAGAGUUAGCGCCAACACACUCUACGAUUGUUAUUCGGGGUUUGUCGAUUCAUUUAUUUUCAUUCAUCAAUGAAGUCGGCUUUUCUUCUCAGUAAAGGGCUAUUGUGUCUAUAUGAUAAACAAAAUAAUUCAUGGUUGCUUGUAGAAAUGGAAUUUUUCUUCUCGUAUUCAACUCGACAUCUCACUCGUGAGCUAUCGAGUUAAACACUCGAAGAGAAACUCCAUAUCUACGCAUGCCCAUGUAUUAUUCUCUUUUUUUUUAUCUAUGACAUAGAGGGCAAAAUUACUGAAUGCUGAUUGGCUGAAACAGAGGGCUUUUUUGAAAAAAAAAGUCGAAAAGAACCUCACUCAGAAAUAUUGUAUCAUGCUUGCCAAAAACAGUUUCUGCGUUCACUACCCAAGUAUUUUAUGUAAUAAUCAUGUGAUUGAUUACAGUUGUAUUCAGUCAUCAAGGGUGUGUUCCAACAACAAUCCCCAAUACAACUCCUGCAAAGUCUGAACCCCCCAACACCGGGCGAGUGGAUCUGGAAGUGAAAAGCAAACAUAUGCUCCCUACUGGAGGUCUUCCUCAAGCGAUACCAGUCAUUCCUAGUUUAAUGGAAAAUAAAAGUUUUCACACUCCGCUGGAUCAAAAGUGUCCACGAAUCCAAGGCAUUUGUCUCAAUGCUGAUGAGGACUCAGAAACGUUAACAAAUCUGAAGCGAGAUAUUAUCGAAAUUUUACGUUCUUGUGAGGGAAAUUGCUUGUAUUUCGACAAACUCAAGGAAACAUACUACAAUCGGUUUGGGAAGAGAUUCCUUGACUGCUAUCCAUGGACAAAAGGAAAAAAAGUCCUUUGCGAUCUUUUGGCAGGGUUAGAUAUCAUUGACCUUGAACAAUUAAUACUGGCUCCGAAAGGUCGUACCAAGUUUAUGAUGAGGCUGAAAGAACCACAUGCAAGCCAGUUCAUGAUGAGAAUGAGUUUAAAAACCUCAAGUGAGCUUGGUCCUUGCAUUUAUGAAGCUGGUCAUCAACUGGAAGUGUUUGAUUCCAAAGUUCCGUCAAAGUCUUAUACAUCGCUCACUGGGGGAAAAACCUCGGCAACUGUCUCAAGUCCAGAUGUUGCACGUGUCCCACUUGUCCCAUCUCCUUUGGAUUUCAGCGACAAAUCACCAUCAUUGCCGCUACUAAAUACCGCAGCCAGCACAGACGGAAAGGUAGACCCACUAUCUGUCCCUGUUGGAAUAAACCCGGAGGCUAGCCAACGAGAAGGAGAGAAAUUCGGUGUGGCUGCCGGUAUCACUAAUAUAAUAACUGUCCCUCUUCCUUCUUCAGGUGAGCAUGUUAAGAUUUAAAAGUGAAAUCAUUUUAAACUGCGUUUCAAUUGUGUUCGUGAAACGUAAACAAAUUAAUCAUAACUGCCAUUACUACUCAAAGUAAAUGUAUGAAACUCGCUUCAAGCGUGGGAAAUGCACUUAGUAAAGGUGUGGUAGAGGUGAAGUAAAGUUGUGGCAAAGGUGAGGUAAGGGUGACGUCUAUCGCUCUGACGAAGGGCUAUCGCUCGAAACGUCAGCCUUAAAACUCUUUACGGUGGCCAACUUACGUUUUCAAUUCAGUUGGUAACACUUAAUUACCCUUGUAUUUUUUUACUCACCCUCUGAAAUAUCGUGUUCCAAUUGGCUGACAUUUUUGUCAUCGAACUAGAACAUUCAAUGAAGAGAUCUUCAACAGUAACCAUUUUUUACAAGCUAGUAACACCAUUUGAUUAAGAACACUGGCAAGUGCUUUUAGCUGGUGCAAAAGAUAUUUUGCUUAUUUCUUCCUCAGGCAAAGAACCUGAAGUGAAAAUGCCAACAGAUGUAGAGGUUAAACCAAGACUGCUUCCUUCUGAAAAAGCGCGAAUUCGAGAAGCUGGUACGCCGGGUCCUUUUGAGAAUUCAAUCUGUAAUGCCCAUCACGUGAUGAAUACCAUAACGGGCGGCGCAAAAUCAGCUGUAAGGAAUGCUUCUUCACAUGAAAUUAACAAGGCCGCGGAAGAGAUCAUCUCCUCUUUGUCGGAGGAAGGUCGCUUUGUUGGCCUCGAAGAAGUAAAAGCCAGGCUCUGUAAAGAUUUUGGAAAAUUAAGUCUUAUCGAAAUGGGGUUCAGAACAGACAAGGAUAUCCCCGCUCUGAAGAACUUGAUCGAAAUGCAGGCAAAAGUGAGUUCAUGUAAAUCUGAUUACCAAGUUUGUAGAACGAAGUGCGAUAAUUGCGGAGCAGUGAAAAAAAAAGUGAGGGAAGUAUGGGUCGAGACGUGUGAAAAAUGGGUUGUGUCCGAGAAAAAUAAGUUUGACCGGUCAACUUGACCAGUGCAAACCGCAAUAUUAUUUUGAGCCUUGUGUAUUAGCCUUGUGGCCGCUUUAUAUAGGUUUGACUGUAUUUUUUAAUUCAUUUUUUCCUCUCCUCUUUUGUUUUUAUUAUAACAGUUAAUAGAUAAAUGUAGAGCAACUCUGUAGAAACGUUACCAAUAAAUCAUCAUCCUUGUUAUUAUUAUUAUUAAUCUAUUCCAUGGUUUUCGUGCGUUCUACAGGUUAACUUAUUCGUCCAUGCUUACGUCACAUUCAACAGUAUAGCAACCUUGUACGAAUUAAACCAAAGCCUUGCCGACUUGGGUUCCAAAUCAGACUUCGAAGAGCUCCGACUAGGCCCUCUAAUAAAACAACCCGUGGUGUAUGACAUGUUUAAAGCACCCCAGAGUCUUACCGCUGUACCUCAAGUGACGACAGUUCAAAUUAUCAAGCACUUGAACAAGUACAUGUCAAAGAUGAAAGGACCGCUAUAUUUAGAGAAAUUCCUGGAGUAUCUUUGUGAGCAGUAUCAUUGUUACACUCCUUACGAGCUGGGAGUCAGAAUACAAAGUCUUGGAUUGGCUAUUGCGGUAAUGUUAUUUCAAACAGCACUUUUCAAAACUCUGAACACAUGAAUGUAGUAUACUGUAGUGAGUGAGUGACUGAAACGUUGGUUCUCAUCUUUACGUAUGGUUGAUUUUUUCUUUGUUUAAUUCGUUAGGUGAUGAAAAAGGCGAAACUAUCCAAGACCGAGAGAAGAAUUAGAGAAGAAAUGUCGAUCGAGAUGGACGAAGAAAUUCAGAGAAACUUGCGUAAAAUCAAGAGAGACCUUCUCGGGCGAGAACUUGGUGAUUUAAGGAGCUGUGUUAUGAAAUUUCUUGACAAAUCUGCGACGGACGUACUAAAGGCGGUAUUCGAGUGUUGUUUAGAAAUGUUUGACAAAAAUCGCCAGGGAAAGGUAAAGACCUUUCUGACCAUGCUUACCAAGGAUACACUUGGGAGGCGAUUGUUUCAGCUGGCACUUUAUGUGAGUUGUAAACCUUUAUUGGGAGAAGCUGUGGAAGCACUGGUUAACAUAAAGAUUAACACGGAAGUUGCCAACCGUAAAGCAAAUCACGAGGAAACAAGGAUAAGGCCUGUCCCACCUAGUGAAGGUUAAAAUUUUUUUCUCUAUUUCAGUUGCUUUUUUUGUGUAUUUUGUUUCGCUAUUAAUUAUUAUUGAUAGAAAUAGUAUAAAUGGAAAGUUUUGAGCUCGGUGAAGAAUUAAUAGAUCGUAAUAGACCUCGCCGACCGAAGAGUCUUUGUGGCUCAGUGGUAGAGCAUCGGAGCGCAAAUCCGAAGGUCUGAGGUUCGAUUCCUUAUGGGGACUCAGAAUUUUUUCUUGGUCCCACGCCCGUGACAAGACGAAAAAACAUCUUUCUUAAUUAUUAUUAUUAUUGUUAUUAUUAUUAUUUAAUAUUAAUAUCAUUGCAUUAUUAUUGGGAUCGUUAUGCUGUUUCAUAAUAUAAUUAUAAUGAUAUUUAAGAAAUGUGUAAUGGUGUAGUUUGAUCGUCCAGGUGAGUGUAGUCCUGAGAAGGACUGUUGUCGGUAGUGGUGACUGACCUUUCGACAACCUGAGCGGAAGUCAUCAUCAGAGUCAAAUGAAAGGUUGUUGUCAGUCGAAUGUACUUAGUCCGGUUUGUGUACACUGAUUGAUCACUUUUGCCGUGAUGUUAUUGGCUGUAAGACUCAAGUGGCGUAGGUCGGUCGUGAUUGGUCGGUUUGGAUCCGUUAGCGAAGCCUUCACUAACGGAUGCAAACCGACCAAUCAGUGUACACAAACCGGACAACAGUCCUUCUCAGGACUACACUCACCCGGACGAUCAAACUACACUAUUACAUGUUACCCCCGGGUUCAAACCAUUUACUGUAUUUAAGAAAUGAUUUGAGAGGUUGUUUGGCGCCAUUUCACUGGAAAAUAAUGUCUCUAAAAUGUUUACGGUAUAACAUUCCGUUAUAUGUGGAAAAUGUUGGCUAUUUUGCAUUUUAGAUUCAUAGCUUACAAUCCAUGUCGAUUGCUUCAAAUCUUAACCGUUCCCAUGUUCUUGCGUCCUUUGUGGUUAUCUAACCACAUGAGACUUCCUUCGCUUAAAAUAUAUAUAUAUAUAUAUAUAUAUAUAUAUAUAUUCAAAGGAAGGGCUGCAAAAGUUCUGUCGCUGGAAUUGUUCUACCUUGCUUUUUGCGGAAUGUAGAGGUCCUGAAUUAAGACAUGUAUCAAGCAGCAUUAUGCACGAAGUGAUAAUUUCUUUUGAUUUUUGCUCGUUUUCGUUUGGACGUAUCUGUGAAAUAGGCGCCGUUGCCUGUGAAGUGCAGGAGUGGAUUAAGUGUGCCGAACGUGCUGACCUACCGACGCUGGCAAGAAUUGAGACGAAUGUCGUGAACAAAUUCCCAGGAUUUACUGGUUUUGAAGAAUUUGGUUAUGACUCUUUUCUAAAGUUUUUAACAAAACACAAGGAACUAAUGGAAGCCAUAGAAGAGGUUGGCGGGAUGGCCCAGUCUGGAAGAGAAGGAGCAAGGAUUGGUUGUCAAGUGACGCUCAAUAGUGUCUUGGAUUUUAUAUCUCAGUGUGGGAAUCAAACCUCUACCGUAAGUUUUGCUUCCUAAUGAUACUAAUAAGGUACAUGAAUGAGGUGCUACGCGUAAACGUCUGCUUUCAGUGUGGGUGCACCACAGUCACAAUUCUUUUCCAGAGUAUUUAACUCAGGAAAAGUAGGAACACUUAGGUAGUCUGGUAUGUUCAGCCAUUCUUUUCCAACGGAUAAAUUUACCUUCUACGUAAAGGAAACGAGAGAAAGGUAGUUCAGUAAGAUAGAAUUUACAAACGUGACAAAAAGACGAGCAAGGACCACGGAUGGCUAGAUGGCCGAGGGUGAAGCCGAUUGCCAGUUUGCAAAAAUCACAAUGUAACCUUAACAUGCUCAGGAUCCGAUACCAAAGCAAAAACUCACGGGAAUCGCUACAAGACGUAACUCUUCAUGUGGGCCAAUACUGUUUCAUUGCGGAUAAUCCAGUUAAAAGGUGUUGUUACUUUUUAUUUGUAGGAGUCUAUUGAACGUGAAUUGUGCGGGUACUACGAUGUUAACAAAGUGACGGAUCUCGGACUUGGUUCUUGUUCGUGCUUACUGAAAAAAGCUGCGAAGCCAAGAGUGAAAACUUUAACGACAGUUUACGAAGUCGCUCUCCUGUUUCACGGCGCUGGCGCUUUAGACGAACAUACCACCAGCUUUAGUACUCGUAGUGGCUGUGCUCUAGGCUAUAAGAGCAAACAGGAAGCUUUAGAUGCCAUACAAAGCACUCCGCUCCUCGAGGAUGUUUCCCUCUGGACUCACUGGGAUGAUGUAUUUGGCGGCGAAGUGUCUAAACUUGGCGACUUGAAGUCAUUUUUGGAAAAUGAAGGAAUUUUGUGGAGUGCAAAAGAGUCAUUGUCAAAGGGCCACAAUUCCUUAGUCGUCAUGGAAACUACUCCUGGUGUACUCCUUAGAGUAACUACCCACACGUCCACAGAAACAUUCAGGAAAUGUGUAUUUCGUGGGGAUGUGAUUGGAGCAGCUGGUCAUUUGGUUUCCAUAGUGAUAGUAAAUGGUGGUGUGGCUAACACUCCUGUCACCCUUUUAGCAAAUUACGUGCAUUCUUCUUUGGCAUCGAUGGGUGCUGACGAUGAGGGGGACUGUGAUCAACGUCCAACAUUUGUUCUUGAAUGUCUGAAUCGUAUGCCUCUCAGAUUGGCUCGGGCAAUUGGGACAAAGGUUUGUAGCUCACUGGCCAAAGGCCUGAAACACUGACACCUUCUCCCCUUUCUGCCCUGCCCCUCCUUCCCUUCUUUUCCUGGGCAUAUCAAAGUUAUUCGAGUCGGUAACAAAAUCAGAUUUUGCAAGCCUUUCUUUUACAGAGGAGAGGGGUCUUAGUGGUUGGGAAACGGAGCGAAACAAUAGCUUUAACGGUCCAGAAACCCAUUCUUGAAAGUCUCGGUAGUUAUCUGUCCCGAAAAUUUAUUUAUGUUCUUUUGUUGCUCGUUCGUUAAGUUUAUCCUUUUUUUUGUUUGCCGUGUUUCAAUUCGAGACCAAGACAGGAAUAGUCUCUGAAUUAAAGUAUUAGACAAGACCGUCAUUGCUAUUUCCUAGAUUUAGAUUUUUGAAAUAUGGUUUUGGGCCCUACAGUUACCGGAACUAUUAAGUAACACGCCUCCGGCAAGGAUGUGGAGACAUAUUUUUAUACUUCAAGUAAAGCUGCAGCUCCUAACGCUAUUUAAAACUCCUUUGUGAAUCGGGAUAAGCUCGUUCUAAGCAAUUACGCGUAUUACGUUGGCAAUUGAUUGAUACCAUAAUCGCAUUUCAUGCUUGCACUUGCAUUUCUCAGGUUUUUCUUGAGCCUUUCAAAAAGUUGGUUGGCUCAACAAGAGCGGCGUCGCAGCUGCUUUCAAGCUGUUCAACUCAGUCGCAACGUAACCGUCUUCACCAGCUGGGAUUUGCCUUUGGCAUUAGUCAGUGGAUAGAGGACUUCCAGAAGAGAGUUUCUCAUGUCAAAGGGGACAGCGAGGGUUUCCUCUUAAGUGAGCACUACAAUGACGAAAGCAAGAGAUUGAUCACCGCUGUUACACCCGUGGCAUCUUCUGUCUCAUCGGUGUCGCAACAAGCAGAAGUGUGUACAGUACCACUCUGUUUUACGUUUAGAUAUUUAUAGAAAGUAAUCAAAAUUGUAGCCUUAAGUGCAUUUUGUGCGUUUCAUUUUGUCGUAAAAGCGUAUCAUGGUAUACAAAGGAACUGUUUCGUAGUAAAUACAAUCAAAAUCACCGUUCUUUCCAACUUGAUUUUCUUAGACCACUGCUAAACUUAAAACAAUCUUCCCACGAGCAUGCACUUUGGAUGAAAAGGAUGGGGACGAAGGUAUUUGUAGCUGUCUACUUUUAUUUGGUUAUAUUUCCUUCCUCCUUCCUUCCUAAAUCUACUCCCAGCUUUUUAUGCUGCCCCUCCCGUUCUCCUGUCACUUCCUUUGUUUUCAUCUCCUAUAUUUUCAAUGUACUUUCCCCCUUUGAUCUACAGUCUAUAAAGUAUGUUUACCACGCCUUCUAGUCAUACAAUUACUUUGGAAGUGGCCAUCGGACUGUUAUCUCAUCAUUAUCGAAUUUAUUUGUGAGUUACUUAUAAUUUUUUGGUUUUAAGUUUGUCAUGAAAGCGUGAACCCUGAUCGUGAUUAUGGUCUUUUUUCCAUAAUUCCAGCAGCAACUUCAGACACUAAGAAUGGAUUGUCAGCAUUACCAUCAGGACCGUGCACACCUAACAAGGAAUGCAGAGCAAUAAUUGAACAAAUUCGCCGUGAGGAUUUUGGAAUCGGUCUGGAGCUUGGAAAAGAGGAAGCCAAACUUGUUCAGCGACAUCGCGAGAGAGAGGGUCGUGGCUUACACCGUCUGUCCUCCGAUCUUUACACCAGGGACACCCACUUUGUCUUGGAGCUCGUUCAGAAUGCAGACGAUAAUUCCUAUCCUGAAGUGUGCCGUGGCCCAGGAUUCCCGUCCCUUGUAUUCGUCCUCGAGCGGGACAGGAUCGUGAUAUUAAACAACGAAGUUGGAUUUGUUGAGAAGAAUAUACGCGCGUUGUGUGAUGUUGGCAGAAGCACCAAAGGGGCGCAUCGCUAUGGAUACAUCGGUUAGUGCAGUAUUUACGUAUUUGUUGCAUGGUAAAUAUCUUUCUGACUUUCCUAUUUGGGCAAGAAGCCCUAAUAGAACCUAUAUCCAAUGGUCGCCUGCUUUGCGUUUUUCUCUCAUUGCACCAGUAGUCGAAUAUGUUCUCGAUAUGACUUUGUUUCAGGACAAAAGGGCAUCGGGUUCAAGUCUGUAUUCCGAGUUAGUGAUAGCCCAGAAGUUCAUUCCAAUGGAUAUCAUAUUCGCUUUGACGCCAAAAGUGGUCCUAUUGGUUAUAUUCUCCCUGAGUGGAUUGGAGACAAUUUUUCAGUGAAACCAAAUGGUGAGCAUAUCAAAAAAGGAACGAAAGUCAUGGAAAAGAUGGAUAAAGAUGGUGAAUUGAGCAACAUUGGCGAAAGCAUGAACAGGUGAAGUCAUGUGCUGGGAGAUGAAUUUGUUCGUGAAUUAUAUGAAAUUAUGAGCUUAUUUUAUCUGCCAAAAAAGCUAGUAGGUAGCACCACACCAUAAAUUGAUGCGUUGAAGCUUGUUUAUCGGUCGUGGCUUGUUUUCUCUCCUUAUAUCCUCUGCUGUUCACGUUUAUCAAUAUUAUUUAUAAUUGAUUGUUACUUAAGCGUCACGCGCGUUAUUCUUUUUUUUUUGGUAGCUGGCCAACCUGUAUCAUUCUUCCAUUAAAAGAUGAACAUAAAGGGAACGAGAGGUCUUCACUCGCUGCCGGAUUUCACGAUGUUCACCCAUCUUUAUUGCUGUUCUUACAUCGUUUGAAGGGAAUCUUUAUAUAUGACGAGGUGGGUCAUACAGUCCGAAGUAGAUAAUUGAAAUACUCGGACAAAAGUGACAUGGUGAGGCGACGGCCGAUCUCUGACUACAAGGGAAAAGCUGUGACCAGUGCAAGAACGCCCGAGGAAAUGUUUCUGUUAAGGGUAUUCGCCUCCUCUGGUCAUUCCUGAUUGGUUAAAUUGUCACAUGCGAGGGACGUCGUUGCUCAUACAGUCAACUCAACUUCACUUUAUUUUCCUUUGAGAAGAUACUUUAUUGAGAACACACUCGAUUGCUUUCCUCGGUGUAUUCUAGUUGUUUUUUAUGGGAAAAUUUUGAAAACAUGAGGGCCGGUUAUUUAAAAAAAAUUUAGCCACAAAACCACGUCCUAAACAAUCCUCAAUUUAGCUACAUCUUUUAUUUCAACAUUGAUUUUUGUGAAAAGUCUCAAGAGGGCGGUAAGCUACCAUUGGAAGGACAUUUAGUUAAUUAUAUCAACGAAAGUCUGAGGUCCACUGAUUGCGUAAAAUCGUAGUUUGGGUUAGACCUCGUUUAAAUAACCGGCCCUGAAAGUUUCGGCCGUGCGACGUUCCCCUUAUGCGACAACCUUGACAUCACAAACGAGUUUAAUACUUUAGCCGUUCCCUCAACUAUUCUUCAAUCCGAUCACUUCGUUCCUUGGACCAAAAACCAUUUCUGGACGAUUAAGCACCUAAAUUUCCCUUCUAUAUUACUUUUGAGAAAAGAUAUGAUGUUCCAGAAGCUUACGUAAGCAUGCCAAUCGUAUUUCUUUAGGUAAACAAGAGUUUUGUCAAAAUGCUAAGAAGAGACCUAGGAGAUAAUGUCAUGGAGGUUCUCCACAACACAGGCACGGAGCGCUGGCUUGUAGUCAAGAAACAACUUGAGGCUGCUAGAGUAAGAAACAUGCAUUUAGCAUAGAGUAAUUUGGUAUUAUCAACUGAGUUAAUAACGUAAAUUAACGAGUUAGACUCUUCCACCGGCACAGCACUACAGUUUCUUUGUGGAUUUAGCAUACCUUGUUCCUUGUCUUUGCGAGCAAGAACGAGUCAGAGGUAUCAUUCACAUUUAUUCGAAGAGGGGAGGGGGAAAAUGAUGGAACAUUGUCUUUGUUAGUAGCCAGGUUGUUUGGGUUAUUUUCCUUCUCUUCCUCCGAGUAGUGAUACCAGGAAAUUCACCCACCAUCAAUGAUUCAAUUGUUUCGUGUGGAGUGUAAUCAAUGGCUUAUAUUAUUUUCCUUUGCUUUCACCGUUGCUAUAGUUAUCGAUUUCUUUGCUUCUGCAGCGUAGCUGUUGCAUCAGAGAAAAUAGUGAUUGUUUUUCAAUGAAUUUCCAUAGUUUCUUGUAACAGGUGAUAACCAACGCAAAUUGCCUUACCUUUGUUUUUGUUUGUCGUUGCAAUUUCCAGAUGAAAGCAGACGUAGAGAUAACUGAGCUGGCACUGGCUUUUCCAUUGAUUAGUGAAUCAGGCAGCGCAUCAAGACAUCAGGUAAAGUUAUCGCCUUAUCAUCUUAAGUCUUUAAGAGAGCUCUCUACACUUCUCUAAGAGUAGAAAUGAGUACGGAAGGGGAGGGGGGGAAGAGUUGUGAACCAGAGUAUUUAAAUAUAUCUGCUUAAUAUGACAUGCACUAGACAGUACUCUGUUGUUUCAAGACGAGGCACUAAUCUGAAGCGGACUAGCACAAAUAGCUUAAAAAAUUCGUACCCCUUGACUCUAUCAAAAUCUUGGAGUCUAUCUAUCUAUCUACCUAUCUGUCUGUCUGUCUGUCUGUCUAUCAAUCUAUCUAUCAUCUACCUAUCAUCGAUCUAUCAAUAUAUCUUUAUAUCUAGCUAUCUGUAUCUCUAUUCAUCGAACUAUUAUUUAUGCAAUAAAUCAAUCAGUGAUUCGUACAGUAGUGUCAUUUUUCUUGGACCAGCUUACGUAUUGAACAUUUUACCCCGUACAGGCAUUGCCGCCACAGAAUGUCUUUGCGUAUCUCCCACUCAGAAGCUAUGGUUUUCGAUUCAUCAUUCAAGGUGACUUUGAGGUUCCUUCGUCUAGAGAAGAUGUGCACAGUGACAAAUCCUGGAAUCAGUGGCUGAGAGAGGAAAUUCCACAACUUUUUAUCGACGCUAUGUCAGUAUUUAUGGUAGGCACAACUUAUUUAGUUUUUAAUAAAUCUUUCUCCUUCUGCUUUACUCUGAUUGUGUGGGAUUGUCAUUAGCGUAACUUGAAGAUGAAAUUCAUAGAGAAGUGCAUAAUGAAACUGGAACACGUCAUCAUUCGGGACGAAUCAAAUUGUGAACGGCUUAGAACCAUGGAUCUUACAUAUUUAAGCUCGACCAAAAUUCAAUUUACGAGCACGGAAGAUCUUCAUUCAUCUUACAUACAUAUGCGUGGCAGUGAUCCACGCUUAAUGAACCAUGGCCUGUCGUCUUCUUAGCUGCAUUUGUUCGUUAUACUGGCAAAGACGUAAAUUUGUAACUAAGCGUGUAGAGUAAAGACAAAUAUUCAAAGUGUGUUAAUACUUUUCAGCCGAGAAACUGCAAUUUGUGCUAAUUCAAAUAUUAGAGCUUUGCAGCUAUCAGCUAUGAGGAUUUUUUUUGAGAGAGUACCUUCCAAUUUGCCAUGUUCUACACGAAGAUGUCGUACAAUUAUCAUUAACGUCUAAAGUAAAAGAUGUUUAAUUCUUUUCUUUGAAGGACCACUCGUCUUUUUAUGGCCUUUCUUCAUUGGUGUCGUAUUUUAAAUUUGUACCUCUUGAGGAGGAAAUUCUCGACUUUUUUACACCUGUUGCUCGCCAUAUCUUAACACACCUUCAAGGGAAACCUUGUAUCCCAGUUAAGAGGUCCAGCAAUGAAACUGAGCAGCCGUACGGAGGUAACAAUGGAAAAAGCUGCGAUUUGGUUCUCCCUUGCCAGGCCAUUGUCUGCGAAGACAGCGUCAUACAAGAGCUUAUACCCUCUAUUCUUCUGGAGGAGCACCUAGGAUUGAGUUACCUUCAUCCGGAAAUGGUUCCAGUACUAAACCCGACCUUGAGAUCUCGUCUUGGAAUCGAGACUUUGUCUAUAAAGCACUUGAUUGAGAUUGGGAAAGCGGAAGUAAAGAAAGCUUUAGCUGUAACACCGCAUACAAAUGACCGUAAACCGGAUGUUGGGAGAAUAGCCUGGGUAGCUCGAUGGUUGCAGUGCAUGUACCGAUGUCUUGAGCAGGAAAGAAAUAGCAGUCAAGAAAUGCUAGAUUUGAUUGGUUCUCUUAACGUGAUUCCGCUAACGGAUGGAUCUUUCGUGAACGUGAAGGAGGAUUCCAUUUUCCUUCCGCUGUCGAGGAAAAAAACAUCCGAGGGAGCUGUGCCAAAGAAGAACAAAGGUGGGUUCUACAUCCCUUUCGUUGUGAAGGAAGAGGUCUGUAUUUUGUAUGCAUAGUAUCAUUCAUCUGUCACGUGGAGCUUUCUGAUAAAUAUUUCAAGCUAUCUCAAGCUAUUAGGUAUCUAGUGUUAAAUCGAAGUGGUAGUUUAGCUAUAAUCCAUACAGAGGUCGUGAUCUGUGCUCCAGAUAUCCAGGGCACAAUGCCAAAACAGACGUUCAAAACCCAACUUGACCGAAACUGGUCAUGCAAACUUCUACAUGGUUGUAUCAUGCUAACAAGACCCAAAACGAACCUGACAAACAUGUGACACGCAAGGAAUAGAGAUGGCGUUGACAACAGUACUAUUACUCAUUGCUGGGAAAUAAUUUAGACUUUCUUGCCGUUAAUGCAUAUACUUUGGGACAUGUGUAAUUCUAGGUUCUAUGCAUCAGGAGAAAACAAUUUUCUCCGUGCUGGAGAAAGACCUACCUACAGUGCAUCCAUCACUGUUAUCUGCACUUGAUGAUAUUGGUCGUUCUCAAGUCGAGCAGCUUUUAAAGCGUCUAGGAGUAAAAAUGUGGACUCCAAAAGAAGUCAUUAACAAUCACAUUAUCCCAGUGUUCAAGUCAAAGCAGUGGAAGGUACAAUAGUUGUAGAUUAACUCUCUCCUUAUUUUCAAAUUCAAGGGGAGCCUGUAGUUUUAAGUUUAGUUCUACGAUAGCGUGCCAUCUUGUACGCGUGUUAUGACAUGCCUGCCUCUUCAUAUACGAUGGCGGUGAUAUGAAGCACACCGUUGGACACAAAGGCUUCCGUGCCGGUCUUUAUUUUACUUCGUAAAGUUGCGAUAUCCCUAUAUUUUUUUUGUGCGUUCGUGUCGCGUCAUCGAUUGUGUGUCUUUGUAAUCACCUUUUCAAACUGUUCUGCUUAGCUGCUGAAUUUUAGGUUUUUCACUGAAAAAAAAAACGGUUGAACCGAAAAAACGAACAUCGUAGCUUAGAGUUGAGAAACUAUUCAAAACCUCUCGCGGCUUCACCCUUCGUUUUUGCGCUUCACGCAUCAUAGCCCUAACAAAAACUUCUCCUUUCUGGAACUGAUUGGUUAGGUUUAUGGGUACAGAUCUCAGGUAGUUGGGGUCAAGAAUUACUACUAACACGGAUAUUUCUCUUGUGCUUUACAGUGCAAGUCUGAUGAAGUGUUGAGAAGCUACCUAGUGUACGUUUUGGAAGAGCGCCUGAACGACCCUUCCGUGUGUGAUAUGGAUGAAUUGAGAUCCUGUGUACAGAUUUUAACGAACAGGGGUACUCUGAACCCAAAAUCAACGCCGAUUCAUUUUACCCCCAAAUACGGGGGCCCAAUUGACCUCGCGCGGCAGUUUCCCAGUAAGUCACCUGUAAUCAUUUUGAUAGUUCUUUUAUAUUUGCUUCGAGUCGCUCUUUUUUUUUAUGUGUGUUGUAUGUCGUCCUCAUUGCCUUGUAUAAACAUUAAUGGGGUAUGCCUAAUUUGAAUAAAUUAAGUAGCUUAAAGAAAGUCACUCAGCAGAAAGUCAAAUAUUAUUUACUAAUUCACUUCAUGUAAUUUCCUCUUCUUUUGGUUAGGUAUUUCGUGGACAAUUAUUGACGAAUCUUACUUGGACUAUUGUACUUCAUUGAGGGUUCGCACCAUGGAUUGGAAAACUUUUUUAGACGACCUUGGCUUAAAACAGUUUCUUGCUAUUGAAAAGAAACAAGUAAAGCUUCAUCGAAAAAACAUGGUGAGCCAAGACAAUUGAGAUCAGAACACUUGGAAAUGAAUGAUGGACGCUUCCUAAUUUUAGGUCCAUCUACCGGCCGAUUUGUUGGUGUUGUUGUUUGUAUUUGACACCAUGUCAAAUUUUGAAAUCGGGGCCGCAGAUCUGAUGACCAAUCUGAUCCCAAUCUUAUCAUGAUAACGGCUUGCUGGUCCAAUAAAGAAAAGGCUGUUGGGUGUACCACAGUUUAAAUACCUUGAAAAGGGUAGAAAGGUUAAAUUCUGUUUUUGUUUUUAGGCUUGCUCUCCGUGGGAGUCGUAUGAGCGAAUUUGGCAGAUAACCCCAGAUGAUCUUUUCAUCAUUGACGACUGGACGUGUGAAGAAUUUGAGGAAUUUCUCAGUAAGAUUAACUCCUCCGACACUAAACAACAAGUCGUCAGCAAUGAGUCAAAGUUCUUAGCUCAGUGUAUUGAUGCACGUUGGGAUCACACGUACGCACAGUUUGCUGAGGGCUAUGUACAAGUUAAAGAUGUAAAUGGCCAUGUUCUCGGAGAGGCUAAAUCUUCAUUUUACCUCAAUCUUGUCUCGAAACCGUGGAUGCCCUCUACUGUUGAAGGGACGAACCUGUAUCUUCCAAGCGACCUCUUCGUGAAGGCUGACGCUGUAUAUCACCUACUCGGGGAUCACGUGAAUUACGUUAGCGCAGAUUUAAAGAGCCCCUCGUUUCUUAGCGCCUUAGGCAUCAGAAAAUCGAUAGACGUAGAUGGGAUGAUCAAUGAGUUGAGGAGGUGGUCAGAUGGUUGCGACAAAAAGAUGGAUAGAAAUCGACGAAAAGACUUCAAAACUUCUAUUGCACAUAUGAGCAGAGUUUACUCUUUCCUCUCUGAGAAAAUGUCGCAAAGUGAUAAAGAAAGGAAGAAAAUAACAGAGGCUUUUCUGCAGAACGCGCUGAUAUUCGUUCCUCAUCGCGAUCGCCAUUUAGAGUUUCUCCCAAGCCGGCCAGAAAGCAAAGUAUCAGGAUUAUUUCUUUUGAAGAAAGAAGUGUGCUGGAGUGACCCGACAGAUAUAUCCCUGAAACUGUUUAAGGAGCACGGCAAGGUUCCCACAAGACGCCUACUAGGGUGUUUCUAUGCAUGUAGUGGCCCCAAUCAGAGUCUUGAAGGUUUUUUUGUGGAUCAAAUGGACGUGGACCUUACCCCCAAUGUGGACGAGUACAUCGAAAUGGCGACGACUGUUGCUGACACUGCUGGUUUUCCAACUCCUUCGUCUUUGAGCGAUAUGUUAAAAAUCUUUGCAACUUUGGGACGCAAGUGUGUUUCGCUAAGCCUCAAAAACAGCACACAGGUUGAAGAGAAAAUCGAUGAAAAUAUGGCCGCUUUUGUAAAAAAAACUCUGCAAGGUGAACGGAAAUGCAUCUUUCCUACAUCUGACAAAUGGGUGGCACUUUCGGAUCAACCGCUGAUACCUGACGAUAAAGCUAUGGUGAAGAUUUUUCAUAAGGAAAAAUCUGUCUACUUCCUGGACCUCGGAGACUUCUUUCAACCGCAAAAACGUGGCUCGACUAGUCGUGCAUUUGAACCUCAAUUCGAUAGAGACAAGAUGGAGCACUUUGUUUCUUUAUUCUUGAUGAUCUGUGAAGUAAAAGCGUUAAGUGGGUGCAUAAAGAAAGAGUUGGUUCCCAUUGGUUCAGUGAAGUACCAGUGCACUCCUGUGCAGAAGUUCUUUCACCAAAACAUUCCAUACGUGCAACGUUUCCUAUACUCAAAAUACCCAUCUGUAUAUGAUAAACUGAAAAACGAAGGCUUCGCAGAGAAACUGCUACACAUGCAGUUCGCUUCUGUUCAGAGCCUGGAAACUUUGUACUCGUUAACCACGCAUUCCAACGUAGCCACGCCCCUUAAAGUAAGAUCGGGCAUAGAGGAAUUAGGAAUCACGUCCUGUUUUUUCGUUGUGCAAGAACAUCAAGAGCGUGCAGAUGUUUUAAAUGCUGAGAUGGCUAAACUGUUGUUUGGAGGAAAAAAGGAGGGCUCCUCAGAAUUAACAAACUUUCUAGUUGCAGUGAAAACUCACAGCGGGGAUAAUUUCGAAGGGUUUUUGGAAGACGUGCAAGGGUUGGAACCAUUACCGGAACGAGAAGAGCGAUGGAGUGUUCCACCUCCAAAGGAACCCGAAAAGGAUGAAAACAAAAGAAGUGCUACAAAUGAAGAUGUUCCUUCCCUUGACAAAACCCAAGCCCAAUCUAGGUCAGGUGACAGUAGUCUUCGUUCCUGGCCACCAAAAUCUUCUCGUCAUUAUAGUAAGUCGUGUAAACGUAGAGGAGAAACCAGAAGUGACCCCAAGUUCAAGAUUUGGCCUGUGCCAGCGCCCCCUGAAUCUGUAGAUAAACUUCCGAAAGCCGCAGGUCGAUUUAACUUGGUUCAGAAAACACCUGGGCAACCGCAAAUUAAGAGCUCACAAGUGUCAAGAAAGCCCCGGGAGAGAGAUGAAACAAAGACAGAGCACGAGCAUCUUGUUGAAGUCAAUCCAAUCCAACACCAAACUCCAAACGAUAACCACCGGCCAGCUGACACAAUGGUUGAGGGUACUGAGGUAAAUGAAUCACAGCUUAAUAUUACUGAGGCAGGAGACGAUUUUUGUCCCAGAGGCAAGAAGAGCCAUAUCCAUAUCCACCCCUCUCCGCAUCAAAUGCCCUCACCUGGAGAAAAGUCUGCAGUCACCAUCCCAGAAGAUCUAACCAGACACGCUUCUUCCAGAGGCGCGCGUUUCUGGUUUGAUAAAGGUCCAUAUGACUUCGACGACGAAGAUCUUCCCAUCAAUGACAAAAUGAGAACCAUGCACGUACCUCCGUUGAUGGAGAACCCUAAUAGAGAAGAAAUAGGCCGAUGGGGGGAAGAAUAUGUUUUUGAGUUUCUUCAGGAGCAAGCGCGAUGUGACCUUUCUGGUUCAGUGGAAAUUGUCUGGAUUAACGAAAAAGGAAACACAACUGCGCCUUACGACAUCGAGAUUCGACGUAAUGGUGUCAGAGGAGGCGACGAUCGCCGCCCAGUAUUAACAUAUGUUGAAGUGAAGACAACGUCCUCUGACCAAAAGGAUAUCUUUGAACUGUCGGUUCAGCAACUUCAAUUCGCGCGUGCUCACCAGGACGCAUUUCAUCUUUAUCGUGUUUUUAACGCAGGCAAACCUACAAAGGUGCGAAUUCGUCGUCUUCAAAACCUUGCUGAGCACUUAGAAAGGAAGGCUGUAAAACUCUGUCUGGUUAUCUGA